CCAGAUAAAUUAUGAAUGAUAAAGAAUUUAGAAUUGUGUGCUGUAUUUCAGGGGACAUACAGGAUUAAGGUCCAGGCAGAAGAUGGUGGUCCAUCAACAGCUAAGGAAUUCAAGGUGGAAGAAUACGUCCUUCCACGUUUUGAAGUCACUGUGGUGCCACCCAAAUAUAUACUGGGUACAGACACUGAAUUUACUUUCACUGUAUGUGCCAAAUACACUUUUGGACAGCCAGUCAAAGGCAAUGUGACUUUGGUGGUUAACAAUGGUGGAUGGGGAAGUAGUAGGAAAAAGCACACUGUUACCAAUAAGAUAUCAGGCUGCAAAGAAAUAAAAGUGCUAGCUGAUGAUAUUGAGGAUAGUGAUUAUUAUGCAAGCAGGUUAAGUCUAACAGCAACUGUAACUGAAGAUGGAACAGGUGAAGAAUUCAAAGGUGAAGCAGUAGCUCCUAUUGAACGCAAAGCUCUGGAAUUUUUGUUUAUUGGCAAGGAAGAGUACUGUAAACCAAAUCUACCUUUCUCUGGAAAGGUAAAAGCUGUGUUCCCAGAUAAAACACCAGCUGCAAAUGAACCUAUGAAUGUGUGUAUUAGUGGACAAUGCAGAAACAUGAGUACUUCAGCUGAAGGCAUUCUGGAAUUUGUUAUCCCAAAAUAUUCAGGUUCCAGUGUUGAGAUAACAUCCAUCAAUUAUCCAAGAGUCAGAGGUUCAACAUCAAUGUGGAUUUCAAAAAUGUAUGAAUCAAGAUAUUCUCAUCACUUGAAAAAAUAUUAUUCUCCUUCAAAUUCAUCUUUGGUGAUUCGUGUUCCUGGAAAUCGUCUAUCAUGUAAAGUGUCUGGCCAUGAUCAUGAUAUUCCAGUCCUUUUUGCUGCUGUGAAUCAAACAAGGGCUACAUUUACUGUUCAGGUUGUAUCACGAGGUCAGAUCCAGUACUCGAGUUCAGCAGAGUACGAGCUAUCAUCUGGUAACUUACCAAUUAAUGAAGACCAUCUAGUAGAACCCUUGCCACCUCCCCCAGAACAUACAGUUACUGGAGUUAUUAACAUUCCAAUAAAGUUACCACACACAGCCUCACCCUCAGCCAAGGUUGUUGUGUGGUACACACGUCCAGAUGGUGAAGUUGUUUCAGACACUCAGAUCUUUGACAUAGAAAAAUGCUUGGAUAAUGAUGUGAAUCUUGUAUGGUCAGCUGCCAGAGUGCAGCCAGGAGAGCAGGCAACUUUAGAUCUGUCAGCUGCACCACAGUCUAUUUGCAGCUUAGGUGUGGUUGACAAAAGUGUUGAAUUACUGUCAUCUGAGAAUGAUCACCUAACACUUGAAAAGGUAUUUGAUAUUGUGGAGAAUGCCAUGGUCAAGGAUUGGGAGCUAAACCAGGCAAAUGACUAUGAGUACUGCAGAAAAAAGUUUAAUCAGGAUGACAAUAUAUCCAGACGCUCUGUGCAUGUCAGUGACAACGUUUUUUCAAAAUUCAAACGCUCUUUCUUCCCAAUAUUUUCCACUGACUACGUUGAUGCUCUCAAAAUGUUUGAUAAAUCAGGAUUGCAUGUCUUGACAGACUUGAUUACAGAGACGCGACCCUGUGAAAGGGAGAAUUUCCUAGUAACUGCAAUGCUCCCUUUACCAACAACAGUCCCAAUGACUGUAGUGACUACAACUACUAUUGCUCCAACUGCGCUGCCCCCUUUACCAACAACAGUCCCAAUGACUGUAGUGACUACAACUACUAUUGCUCCAACUGCAGUUGUAGAUUCAUCACAUCUGAACUAUGAUAAUCCUCCUCCAGCAAGCAGGAUAUUCUUUCCAGAAACUUGGCUCUGGAAUCUUGUGAAUCUGUAAGAUUCCUUGUUAGGUUUG